AUGAUGAUGAUGAUGAACAACAGGAUGAAUGACAAUCAAAAGCAACGGCCAAACCUAUGCCGUCACCAGUCUUUGCCUAUUUUAGCUUCUUGUCGUCAAAACAAAUAUACCCCAAAUGCCCCGGCGGCGCUCCUCCCCCGUGAAGAUAGCAACAACAACCAAGAUCAUGAUGGACAUGAUUCUUCAGACAACACCGCCGCCCGUGGGAAAGCAAAAGAUGAUCUUUCGCUGGCUCCGAACGACCGCUGUCCAACUUGCGACACCCAGUUGUACCGAGUAUGUAGAGCAUUUUGGAGACUGAACCGCAAGAAGAGGCACUUUGCCAAACCACUGACGAUUCCUGGUAAAGUUGAAAACGGACGCUGUUUGGUUUGUGUUGAACUUCAUUGGGAUCAACCACUAUUGAUCCCGCCUCCACCGCCUCUCAAGCGGCAAAUCAAUAUCAUUUAUCAAGCUUUCAAGGAUGUCUUGUCUGAUUCGAUUCAUAAGCCUUCUUCGAAACCAAAGUUUGUCUAUGAGGGCGACUACAAUGUUUAUGGACAACGCCAUGGUGAAGGAAAGAUGACAUGGGACGAUGGAAGCAAAUAUGUUGGGAGCUUCUUCAAUGGUCUUCGUGACGGCAAGGGCACACUUUACCUUCAAGACGGCUCCGAAUAUUGUGGUGAAUGGCAAUUGAAUGAAAUGCAUGGGCACGGAACUAGGCGUUUUGUCAACCAAGACGUAUAUGAGGGUCAAUAUAGACGAGGCAAACGUUGUGGCCUCGGCAAAAUGCACUUUGUCAACGAUGACUUGUAUGUUGGAUCCUGGGAGAAUGAUAAAUUCCACGGCCGUGGCAAGUACUUUUUGCACUCUCGUGGACUUGCCUUGGAAGGUAACUUUGAAAAUGGAAGGAAAACUGGAAAGUUCAAGAUUCAGCAUCCCAAUGGAAGUCUAGACAUAUUCAAAUUCGAACGAGGCCUAAUUGUAGGACAUGGAGUUCGAUGGAAUGCCAACCGUGAUAAGACUUGGAUGCUGACCAGACCACAUGCUUCCGAUGAAUGCUGGUACCUCGGACAAAAGGCGAGACAGAAGCGUAUUCCAAUUGUUGAAGCGGUUUCUAUUGGGUACGAAUGUGAAGAUACUGGAGCAUCGCCCGAACCUCUGACGACUAUGAUAGCUAUUUCCACUGCAGUUCCUCGUGUCAACGGCAGAGCAAUCAUUUAG